AACGUCUUGAAGAUGAAGCCUACUUUAAUAAUUGUGCUUUCUCUCUUUUUCCUGGUCGUCUGUGCAAAAGUUCCUGUCAUUGUUAAGCAAGUUCAAGUUCAUGAAGUUUUGCCUUCCCCGCUCAUCGUAACACGUGACCAGAAAAAUCCUAAUAAAUACAGAGUGGAAAGUGCGUGGUACGGUACUGGAUAUGAGGACGAAG